AUGAAGAUCCAGGUCAAGAUCAAGUCCAAGCAGCUGCUGUUUGCAGAGCCCGAGUCCACUCCGCCGGUGGUCAAGCUGGCGGCGCCUCCGCCCACGGCUGGCCUGCCGACCACGGCGAGGGCUUCGAGGGCGAGGGCGGCACGAAGGCAGCGGGUUCGCUCGGCGCCUAAUGCAUCAGAUACUGCUGAGUUGGCCAUCGAGGCCCAUGCCCAGUCGGCGUCAGGCUCCACAGCUGGGCCAGAGUCGUCGCCCGGCCGUGCUCCGGCCCAGACGUCGCUGCGUCCGCCGUCGGGCGCAAGCGCCCUGGUGCCCUCUGCCCCGGGUCUGAUGAACGCCAUGACUGCCAGCAAGGACGCCAGUACUGCUCCCUCUGACGAACCGUCGCUACCACCGGCACCGGCGCUGCAGUCAGCGGAGGCGGCAUCAGGCUUGCCGUCGCUGACUGUCGACUUGUUGUCGGCCGCUGCGUGCCCCCCGACGGUUGCAGCAAACUCGGCACCCCCGCCGAGCCUGGGCUCGGGUGGCCUGACGUCCAAUGGCCUGGCUGACUUGUUCGCAGAGCCGAAAGACCUCGUCUACCUCAAGUGCUCGCUGUGCAACUCGAUGAUAUCCGUCGAUACCAUUGACGCACACUCGGCCGAGUGUGCCGCGACCCUGGAACGGCAGACCCGCAUUCGAGCACCGUCGACCACGUCCGAGUCCCCCGAGGAGCUGAUCCAGGAGGGCCGGGGCAGGAGCAGGUCCGAGGCUGAUGCUGCCGCGACUGUCGCGGCGCCAGACUCGGGUUCCGACUCGGGCGAGGGCGAACUGAACCUGGCACCGAUCGGUGGCGCCUCGAGUGGGGUGCGAGCCAAGGGCGAGUCGACCAAGAAGGCGGCUAAAGCUGCGCGGAAAGCGGCCAAAGCGCGCGAGAAGGCCGCGGCUAGUGCGGCCAAGCGCGGAGACCGCUCGGAUCCGGACCUCCGUGCAGUGCUUGCUGCCAAAGACCGCGAGAUUGACGAGUUGAAAGAGGCGCUGGAGGAGAAGGACAACGAGGUGGCCCGGCUGAAGAAGCUGUUGCAGGCCGAGCGGAUCAAGAGCACACAGCUCAAGGCGAGACUGGCGUCGGCGUAGUUUUGGACUGGUUAACGUAUGUUAUUGCGCGGGCGGGUGCGCACUCGACUUCCCGGCCCCAUCACCAGACGUUGUAUCGCUUUGGGCAGUUGUGGGCGUUCCGAAGCACUCCAUGAACGAGUGGGCUCAGGCACGACGAGCACCUUGAGGCGAGCUGGACACCGUGGACAACAUGCAGGUGCGAGGCAAGCGAGACUUGGAUGGCAUGGUGUAUGCCACAGAUCGGGCACGGCCACAGCUCGUUGACAUGAAAGCCGACCGAUGCCUGACCUAUGACGAUCGCAAGCAAGCGGUGACUGACACGCUCGCCAAGCUUGCAGGCGCUUGUGAGCAUCUGCUCGAGCUCAAAGAACACCUCGGGUGAGAGUUGCGACCAGUGGCGAGCGACAUAAUGCGCGUCUGCGUCGGGCCAGUACCGCAUUCGACGGGCAAGCUCGGGCGGAACGGGCGUGGCGGCAUUGUCGCUGGGGAGCGGCUCGUCGUUGGCGAGCAAGACGGCCCACGGCGCCUCGAGCUCGAGCAUGGUCUCGAUGCCGAGCCAGGGUGGGAGGAGUAGAGCGGCGCGGAGGGUGUCGAGCCUGGCCUGCACAAGCUCUGUGCCUGCUUUGGCCACCACCAGCAAAUGCUGCAGCACGCUAUCAGCCAUGGGCUCGGGCUCGGCCACAAAGGCGUUGAUGACAGUGGUAAGGCCUUCGGCAGAAGGCAGUGAGUCGACAAGGCCAGCAUGGACCAGAAACCGUAGCGCACACCAGAGCUUGGCAAGGCGAAAGGCGACGCCAACUUCGGCCUCUACCUGCUCCAGCUCUGUCGCAGCAUCCGGUGUCUCCAGCCAGGUUUCGAUGUCCCUGAGCGGACGGCUGACCAAGCUGGUGAGCGCGUCAGUGGUGCCGAGUGCACACUGCGCCAUGGUCAUGACCUCGCACACAAAUGG